CGUCGCUUUCCUAUUGGCGAUUUGGCGAAGCUAAGCAGUGUCCGCACUGUUAUUGGCGUCAGGAGAUGUCAGUCAUGGAGCGCCGUGCUUCGUUCUUCCUCACUGAGUGGAUUCACCAGCGAGAGAAAGAGGAGGAGCAGGGGCGUGUGGUGAACUGUCUGUCUUCAGUCUCAGACAGAAACCUUUGCGCCUUACUUAUUUCCCAGACUGGGAGGGAAAGCGGACUCUUUUAUUUCUAUAUAUCACCAGAUACACUUAUAUUAAAAAAAAAUGCGUCUCCCUCGAAAAUGUUGGACAUUAUGUACCAUAAGUAUCAUAGUCAUUUUUUUUAAAACAAAGGACAUAACAAGAUCGGAGCACCAGCAAACGCAAAUGGGAGAUGGAGAAGCGAUUCCAACCAGACUGAUGGUUAAUAACUCCAGUAAAGCAAUCAGGAAGAAUGUGCUCCCACGUUUCGAGCACACGGUGGAAGGUUGGAAAAGCAAUGCAUCCUUAGUAAUCAAGAUCAGGAAGGAUAUCCUUCGCUUUUUAGAUGCUGAGAGAGAUAUAUCAGUGGUGAAAAGCAGCUUGAAGCCAGGAGAUAUAAUUCAUUAUGUGCUGGACAGACGCCGGACCCUCAACAUCUCUCACAACUUGCACAGGCUUCUCCCUGAAGUGUCCCCAAUGAAGAACAAGAGAUUCAGCUCUUGUGCAGUUGUUGGAAAUUCUGGGAUUCUUCUGGGUAGUGGAUGUGGAAAGGAGAUUGACAGUCAUGAAUUUGUAAUAAGGUGUAAUCUUGCACCCCUUGUAGAAUACGCUGAUGAUGUUGGACUCAAAUCAGAUUUUGUCACUAUGAACCCAUCAGUCGUGCAGAGAGCUUUCGGAAGUCUUCGGAGUGAGACAGAUCGAGAGAAAUUUGUCGACAGACUGACAGUGUUGAAUGACAGUGUUCUGUGGAUCCCUGCAUUCAUGGUCAAAGGUGGGGAAAAAUACGUUGAAUAUGUAAAUGAACUGAUACUGAAGAACAGACUGAAUAUUCAGACAGCGUAUCCAUCCCUGCGGCUCAUACAUGCCGUCCGAGGAUACUGGCUGACAAACAAGAUUUACAUCAAGCGACCAAGCACUGGCUUACUGAUGUACACACUUGCAACUCGAUUCUGUGAUGAAAUUCACCUUUAUGGAUACUGGCCCUUCCCUAAAGAUUCAAAAGGAGUACCAGUUAAAUACCACUACUAUGACAACCUAAAGUAUAGAUAUUUUUCUAAUGCUGGGCCACAUCGGAUGCCACUGGAAUUCAAAACAUUAAAAUCUUUACAUGACAAAGGAGCUCUGAAGCUAACAACGGGGAAAUGUGUGUAACCCUAGAAGUCACAGCUAAAAACCAGAGCUAGUGCAAUAUUUGCACACUAUAGAUUUUAUGUGAAAAGAUAACGCCUCAGUAAAAAUUACAGCAAUGCUGUAAAGUGCCCAUUCGCCCAGCUGCGUUUACAGCCUCAGAUUGUUGUGAAGAAAUAAUAAAUAUAAUCGCACUGUGAGGAGCAAAGAUCAAGCAGUGAUGUGUUAACAAUGAUUGAAUAUUGAUUGACAGAAUGGUUCAGGCCUGUGAUCACUGUCAUCAGAAGUAGGGCUCUGCAUUUGUUGUAGCCUUAGAAGACCUGAGAAAUAAUCAGGCUCAGUGUUAACUAGAGGUCAGUAUUUGUCUUGAGCAGCUGUCUCAGUAAGCAAUCAAUGCCAAAGUGCUUUCAAAGUGUUAUACAUCUGAGUUACAGUCUCAAGCCACAACAUUCUUUCUACUUAUGUGAAUCAGCCAAGGGUUAUAUCAGUUAUAAGAGUCAUGAGAGGACUGAAGGUCUGUUAACACCCCAGUUCGGUGUCGUUCGUAGUUUUAUAGCUCAAUGAAUGUAAAGCAGUUGUCUAAUGUAGUGUGCUGAAUGUGAACUGUAAAAAGUUAAAGGUGCCCUUUCUGCUGGUACCAAAGAUCUUUAUACACUGAUCCUGUAAGAAGUUACUUGUAAAGACUAACAUUUUGGGAAUUACUAGGGUAAAGUGUCUUGUGCAAUUACUACAUGGUUUCAGGAGGAAGAAACAGGAGAUAAAGAAGUGAACGGAAUAAAAAGCACAAGUCUUAUUUAAACAGAAGCACAGAUUACCAGAUCCUUAAAGCAUGAGGAAUUGUUUGAUUUCAAUCAAAUUGGUACAUAUCAAAAGUUUACUCAUGAACCAAUUCCUCUGCCAAGCCUUCUGAAUCAUGCUGUGAGUAUUGGAAAUACCCUACUAAUGAUGCGUUUCCUUAUUAACCACAGAACUACCAUCAGCACCAUUUCUCCUUUCUGUAAAUAUUAUGUAAUGUAUUUGGAAAAAAUUGUAUAUUCUGUGGUAGCAUUGUAAAGUUUCUGCUUACUUUUAAAUUAUUUGUUUAUGCAAUUCUUUAAAACUCACCUAGGAGGAUUGCAGGUCUCCAGAGCUUGAUCCCAGUUGCUAGUGUUGAGGUAGGCCUCUUGCUACACUAAACUGUGUGGUUGCAGUGAAGAUCUGCCAAAAACACUGGGAAUUGGUAAAAAUAAUUUAGGAUUUUCUCAGACUUGGAACCUUGCUAUGUUUAAAUUUAUUUCUACAGAUUGUUUGCUGCAAAUAUUGGAAUAGAACCACAGUCUUUGAGUAACUUGGAAAUUGCUUGAGCUACUCUGCUGUUACAACUUUAAAAAUUUAUGUACACUGGAAACUUAUCGAGGCAGUUACACACAGGUUUUCUGGGUCUCCUCAUUUGCAUUUCCAUCGGUGUAAGUGCUGGUAUGAAAAUUGCAUAAAACAGUUGCAAGCAAGUGAAUAGCCCGCAAACCUACACACAGCCUUUAAAAACAAUUUCUAACAGACUGGUUGACAAAAAGAAAAGUGAGGAGCAGUGCUCACUCACUCACAAAUAAUUUCACUACCUGUCUUAACAAUUUUUUAAAUCAUACCUGAUGAGUACCCAGAAAGCGGCAGGGUACGGAACCAAACUAGAGACAAGGAAUGUACACUUUUAGUCAGAGUUUUCAGCCAUUCUUGAUGGUUAUUGAAAGCAACGUGGACAGGCCCCUGAUGAGAAGCAGCUCCAACAUUGUUUUAGUUUUUCCAACCCUAGACUAGAGAGGAGUGCCAUAAAAAUGCCACAGCCUGAACUGAUUAAGUAAUAUAGCCUAUUUCAAACAUCUCUCCUCUUGCCCACUGUGGGCACCAGCAGACCAAUUGGGGAUGACCAAUUGGCCUAGUGGUAUUAACCCAUACAAUGUUCUGGAGACCCGGGUUCGAAUCUCGCUGCGGCAGAUGGUGAAAUUUGAAUUCAGUAAAUAUCUGGAAUUAACAGUCUAAUGAUGACCAUUGUAGAUUGUUGCAAAAACCUGUUUGGUUUACUAAUGUCCUUUAGGGAAGGAAACUUCCCUCUUUACCUGGUCUGGCCUACAUGUGACUCCAGACCCACAGCAAUGUAGUUCGCUCUUAACUGCCCUUUGGGCAAUUAGGGAUGGGCAAUAAAUGCUGCCUGGCCAGUGAUGCCCUCAUCCUGUGAAUGAAUAAAAUAACAAGACUCCUAGCCUUCUUAAAAUGGACUUGUUCAAUGAACCUUCACAGUGCUGUGUGAUCCAGUUCCUCUCAUAGCAAUUUCAUGUAAAAAGUUCAAACCCCUUCCUCAAAUUUAAUAGCCUCAUACCUUCAAAUUUGUCACUUCCCCAUCCUCUGCCACAUGGUGCACAAUCUUCAAUUGAAGGACUUGCUGUCUACAGCACAGCACUGAGGACAUGGGACUUCUCUGAUCAUAAAUAUUACUGGCUGUCCAAGACAUAAUCAUGGAGGUCUUUCCAUGGAAAGUGUUCAGCAUGGUGGCAUUUUAGCCACUCGAGUAUACUGACUGAGCAGCUGCUCUACAGUCAUGGUGUCACCUUGCACCACCUUCUCCAAAUUCUUCAUUCUGAGUGUGUGGCACUAAAGUAUUUUUAGCUUCUGCCCACCUCCCCUGCAGAUCCACCAGUGAAGGUGGACACAGCCAAUAGAAGAGGAAGAUGAUGAGGAAUCAAAUGAAAAACAAGUCAACUGGGAAUCAAAGCUGCAAGGUAAUGCCAUUCUUUAGGACAGCAGCACGUAGCAGUUCUCCAGUUGAUUCUAUGUAAAAUUAUACAGCAAUGGACAAUAGGAGGCAUAGCCAAGGCACAAACUGGCAUGAAGGCCAUCAGUGAUAUGAGUCUCCUGUACAGCAUGUGUAGGCAAUCACUUUCAAUGACCCUGACUCCCAGUAUCUAGGUUAAGCAGGAUAAUAGAUAAGAGACAGAUGUAAGCUUCCAUGCGAGCCACUGUAUUAAGAAAAAUGGAUGAUUUGUAAUAAAGUGAAAUGUGCACUUACAUGGCAUUUCAUUGCUGUGGCUGAGGUCAAACAGGAAAGUUUGUACGUACGUGGUGCUAAUGUCACAGAAACAGUUAUGCAGGAGUGUAAAGCAUUUACAUAUAGCUAUGUCGUGGUGGGGCGAGGGUGGAUUUACAGUGAUGCUCCAUUGUCUGAAGUAGAGUGAAGAGAAUACAGUUGUGAUACUAAGGGUAGACUUUAUUCCAAAAAACAAGAGAUUAUAGUUUAACAUGUGCUGUAGUAUCUCCAUCCGAAAAUGCUGACAGAGGUUUUUUUUGUGGUACUGUUGGCUAUUCAUUAUAAUUUAUACAGCGUAUACUUAUUAAGAAUGCCUUCACUUGUUCCUUUCAAAUCCUGACUGAGGUAAUGGUUGGGAGCAGUCUCAUACCCUGGUGGUAUCAGAGAUUUCCAAGUAAGAAUCAGUUAGAAGAAAUCCAAUUGUCUGUAGGCAAAACAAGCUGCUAUACAAAAUGUUCUACCUGCAGAAACUUAUAUUCAGUUAUCUCCAAAUUCUUUUGUCAGGAACUCUUCACUUCCACCUUAAUCAGCUGGACCUGGGGAUUGUUUGGAGAAAUCAGAAGUGAGUCAAAAGGAAAAAUAGUCAGCUGUGACCUGUAUUAUAAAAGUGACUAAAUUUGUGGUUUAGUAGCACACUGAUUAUUGCAGUUAUCCACACAGCAGGAUUUAUCUUACUUGGAAAUAUAAAGAAAAAUAUUUUGCUUAAUCCAGCUAAAAGGAAAAACAAAGCUUGUUCGACAGAUGUCUGCUGCCUUCCUCAAGAAAAGUGCAUUGCUUUGAAAUCAUCUUGAGCUGUAAACAAACAAAAUGUGUGUGUCAUGACACCCAACUGUGAAAAAUCCUUUAUCCUUGCAGGUUAAUGUCCUGUUUUAUAUAUGUUUUAUUUAUGAGUCCUGGAAGCUUUAUUACAUUUUGUUACAAUUCUGCGUGAAAGUAAAUAAAGGUUUUAAUAAGGUUUACUUUCAAACA